UUUCCAAUUAUGUUCGUGUUUUAAGAGCUUUCGGUUCUUGCUCUACCUGUAGUUGUAACUUUCUUUAAUUUAAUAGUUUAAGUCAAAAACUUCAUGUCCGACCUCUCCAAUUGACUCGCUCCACUGCGGGUCGUGCUCUCUCGAAUACGUUAGCUGACGGCAACGCGAGGUCGCGUCGCCGUUCAUUGAAUUUCUGUACGACGUUAAUCAGUACUGGAACCCACGUGGGCGGAAAGUGAUUUGUUUAUAAACAAAUAGGAGAGACGCCACCCAGGGUUGCCAGAUUCUCGGCCAAAACUUCGUGCAGCGUCAAUCUGCCGCCUCUAGUCGCCCUAUCACGCGUUACGCGGACAGUUAAUUAAAAAAUGAUGUGGCUGAAGCUGGUAUUUUUAUUUCUGAUGACACUAGUUAGCAUUGAAAUGAGUCAUAUUUCGGAUCUUCUAAACACGCAUCCAACUUGGUCGUUCGAGUUGGAAAGCGUUGAGGCACUGAUCAAGAGAGGCAUGAGCGAACUGAAUAGGAUUCACCCGGACAUGGAGAUCUCAGAGGACGUACUGCGGACGAAGAUCGCGAAGCACUUUGGUCCAGGAACAACGCAUGUUGCGCGGAAGACAGGGGACCCCAAGUGGCCGGAGAGAGUGCCGCAGUCCUUCGACUCAAGGGAUCACUUCAAAGAAUGCGCUCACCUCAUCGAGGACAUCGAGGAUGAAGGGCCCUGCUAUAAUGAAGUCCACGUGAUGGUCUCCUCAGUGGCUUCCGAUAGAUAUUGCAUCUACACAAAUGCAACAUUCAGAGACCACCUUUCAUCGGAAUAUCUCACCGGAUGCUAUUCCUCAUGCACCAGACAUCAGUAUAUUUACCCCACCUGGAAGAAGGUUGUUCAAGUCGGUGUACCAUCCGGCGGAAAAUAUCAUUCAAAUAAAGGAUGCUUGCCCUACGAACAUGCGCCGUGUAAGCACACUGUUAAUGAUUAUACUGCCCAGUUGAUGACCAAGACGGAGAGAAGUGUACAAAAAGGGGGCGGUUUGAAAUCUUGCGAUGAGUACAUGGCUUACGACCACGACUGUCCCACAAAAUGCUCAAAUUCAAAGUACCCUGUGCGACUCGAGGAUGAUAUGAAAAAAAUGACAACUUACUACCAGCUAUCGAGAUUUGAGUAUCAGAUCAGAAAUGACAUUUAUGCAUAUGGUCCUGCCGUUUCAGACAUUUUCCUUUAUAGCGAUUUUUUCGACUACAAAAGUGGUUUAUACAACAAAUCGACGGAUGCCACACUACUGUCGUACAACAAACUCAUUAAGUUGAUCGGUUGGGGUACCACUGAGGACGGGACCCCUUAUUGGCUGGCGAUGAACGAAUGGGCUGGCUGGGCCGACGACAAGAAAGUUUUCAAGUUCCCUCGCGGAGUUGACUUCCUCUGGGCGGAAUCGUUCACCACAUCGGGCGUCUAUGAUCCGCUGUGAAACUCCCAAGUGGUUUAGGUUAAAAUAAAUUGAAAUUGUAUAAAAAAGUGGGAGCCGCAAAAAACAGCUUAUGUCCAUGCCAUCAAUAAAGGACAAAAAAAAGGAAAAAAAAAAAAAAUGUUACAGAAUUAAAAUUGAGUACACCAGGUGUUCUUCUCACGUUCCAUUGUGAGUUGUUGAACUGACUAACACCCAAUGCUUUAGGUGACUCCUUUGAAGUGGUCAAGAAAGUGCGCCGAAAAGUUCAGAAUAAGCUCUCAUAUAUAUAUUUUACUUCCAUUUUUAUUGUUUUGACAGACUUCGAAGUUCCUAUUCAAAUUUAUUUUAAUGUUAAAGCUCGUAUUUAUGUUUCCCUUUAUUGAAUGGUUAUUGUUUGUUAACUUUGAAUUUUCAAGAUUCUCAGAAUUAAUUAUGGACAGAUCAUGCCAAAACUGCAAAUUUCCAGUCAAUUUCCGUUUGUGCCAGCCGCAAAGAGAGGUCUCAUCUUUUUGACUAUUGCAGAAUCGCAUGCCAGCGAUUUAAACAGUUUUAAAUACUUUUGAAGGGAUCGAAUAGUUACUUGAUUCGGAGAUUUCAAAGGGUCUUACUUAAACAGCUAAUGUCCAUUUACUUUCCUUUUCAUUGUGUUGUAGUUUUUUUACUUAAUUUCAGUAAGUAUACGAACAAAAUAUCGAUAGUGUAAUAAUUAGCUCAUGGACACAACUCAUUCUUACGAUUGAAAGGUUCUUACCAUUGUUUCAAGUUUUUAACCAAAUUAGGGAAAAAGGACAUCAGCUAUUUUCCCACGAUCCAAUUCAAUGAAAACAUUUUAAAUCGGAUUGUUGUGCAUGUUGCCAAUCUGCUAAUUGAAGGGGCUCCAGUGAUUGAAAUUUACUACAAUAAUAUUGAAAUAUAUUGCAAUUGUUUUUUUCUUUUCCAAAUAGUCUAUUUUCUAAAAGAUAGAAUAUAAUAGAUUGAUUGCUUUACAUAAGUUUUCAUCAACAGAAACAUGGAAAAAUAUCGUGAUUUCAUGGUAAUAAAUUAAAUAUUUGAAUCAAACCACAACUUAAAUCCAAUGGUGUCGGCGCACCUUAAAUCUUGGGCUGGUGACAGAUCGGAAACCACCACCACCAUGUGCCACGACUGUGGUUAAAAAUUUCCCUUGAAUAUUCGAAGAAAGACAGGAGAGGUAUGGAGUGUGUAUGACCAACAUCUUAAAUUUAAAGGGUUAGGGCUUAAUCUCAUUGCAACGCUUCAAAGUCUUACUGAAAAAUGUAUUUUAUGCUCAAGGACCGUCGCUUAAGGAAUUUCGCUCAACAUUUUUGGCGAUUUGACUAAAAUCCUUCGGAGCUUUUAAUUUUAGAAUAUACGUACUCUUCAAUGAAAAAAAUAAAAAAAAAUUCGUUAAUGAAUGUAAUCAAUCAGAUGUGACUCUGUAUCGUUGUCUGUAAUUAUGCCUGCUUCAGUGGAAUUUUCUAGGAAUCUAUGGCGUUUAAUUACUCUCUCAUGAUUCAUAUAAAUAAGAGCAGAAGUACCUGCAU